GCUCCGCCACGCCGGCGCCUCCCGCCCCGCCGCCCGCUCCGCUCCCGCCCCGCCGCCCGCUCCGCUCCGCUCCAGCUCCUUCGCCUCACCCCACGCCAGGCCAUGCCGCUGCGGGGUUCCCGGGUCGCGGGGCCGCGGGGGCGGCUGCCGACGUUGCUUGUGGUGUGUGUGGCGGCCUGCGCCGCCCGCGCCUCCGAGAUCACCUUCGAGCUGCCCGACAACGCCAAGCAGUGCUUCUACGAGGAGAUCGCCCGCGGCACCAAGUGCACGCUCGAGUUCCAGGUGAUCACUGGCGGUCAUUACGAUGUUGACUGUCGUUUGGAAGAUCCUGAUGGCAUUGUAUUGUACAAAGAGAUGAAGAAGCAGUAUGAUAGCUUCACCUUCACUGCAUCCAGAAAUGGAACAUACAAAUUCUGCUUCAGCAAUGAAUUCUCUACUUUCACACACAAAACGGUGUACUUUGAUUUCCAAGUUGGAGAAGAUCCACCACUAUUUCCGAGUGAAAACAGAGUAACUGCACUUACUCAGAUGGAGUCUGCAUGUGUUUCAAUUCAUGAAGCUUUGAAGUCAGUCAUCGAUUACCAGACGCACUUCCGCUUGAGGGAAGCACAGGGCCGAAGCAGGGCAGAGGAUUUAAACUCAAGGGUGGCCUACUGGUCAAUAGGGGAAGCAAUCAUUCUUCUUUUUGUUAGUAUUGGGCAGGUAUUUCUCCUCAAAAGCUUCUUCUCAGAUAAAAGAACCACAACAACCCGUGUUGGGUCAUAACUGGUAGUGGUAAUGCUUCAGGCAAUUGUGUGCUACUCAUCUGCAAAAUUUAACUACUCUCCAAUUAAUUGUAGGUACACAGGAUCUGAAUAUAUGCAACAUUCAAAUAUGUCUGUCCUUUAUAAAAGAUCGCAAAACAGACUCAAAAAGUUUUGAAGGGGAUGCAUGGUUUGAAAUACUUUAAACAUACUUUGGAACUUGUUUUCUGAUUCAUGUGUUAACUACCUGACCAGCUUUUCUUUAUUUCUGCUGAUUUAAAUCCAAACCGUGAGUUUGACUUUUCACAGGAGUAUUAGCCAUCUGCAGUGUAACACUUAAAAGUAACCCAACAGUCUAGUGUCUGAUAUGAGAGACAAUAUAUAUGAAAAUUUGACUUGCUCUAAAUUUUUAAGCUGAAAGUAUUGAAUUAUAAAAGAGCAAACACAAUGAACUGUAGUGUACUGAUUAGAUUUGCUGUUAAAAAAGAAUAAUCCAAUGGCACCCCUUGCUUGUUUGUAAAAUUGUUGCAAGCUUGACAACACAUCAUGGUGGAAGUUACCCAUCUGCCUGGUAAGUCUCUAUCUUCAAAGCUUACUAAAUUUUAUACUUUAUUAGGAUCACUUAAGCAUACAUUCUUCUCUAUUAAAGUAAAAGCAUUUCCUCUUUCACUGUGUUUGUUUUACUGAGCAGAAUUUAAGCUGAGACUACUCAGGAAAUCCACUUUCUGUAUUCAAAAUUCCACAUCUCUGAGUUUUAUUUUAAAAACAUGCAAUAAAAUAGGGAGUCUUGUAACUUUUUCACUGAAACUGUAUGGUUUCUGUACUCAUAUGUGCUGCUGCUGCUGCUUUUUGGAGUUAAGACCAGAAGUAGCUUGGUCUUAAGCAGCACAGCACCAGCACUGGGCAAGUUUAUAGUCUGCAUUAAGCACAUACAAAGCUUUUUACUAAAUUGUUUUCCAACUAAGAGGCCAAUUUGAUACUGAUAACUGCAUUGCACAAGUGCUGUAAAUUUUACUUUUCCCGUGUGUGGUGCACUGAUACGUGAUGGCCUUGUACAUCUAAUAGCCAGUCUUUCGCUAGGGAUCAUGAAAAGUUUUAAGUGUUUCAGGUUAUCUUUUGGUAGAGUAGAGUUACAUGGUUUCCAUUGCUCAUGUCUUUAGUAGCUUACGUAUUGUAAAUUCUUGUUUUAUUUGGAUUUGGAAAGUAGUAAAUGUGUACACAUAUAAGUAGCUUGAAUGGAGCUGUCACACAGUAAGGCUAAACUUCAAAUAGCUCAGGAGGAAUAAGCAGAUUGACCAAUUCAUAAGUGCACACAAACUCAACCAAGGUGAAAAUACGUGUCAUAGAUUAUCAGCUAAAUCAAAAGGUGCUUCUGAAGUUCUCAGCAAGCAGAGAAAGAAUGAUAAACCUUUAUGAAUUGCCUGUAUUAUUUCUAGAAAAAAUACGGAAUUAAGUGUACAGGUGACACUUGAGCAGUCUGAAGAAUUAAUCUGAGAUGGUUUGAUUUUAAAAACAUGUGACAGCUGAAAAAAAUAAACAGAAGUGUGCCUGAUCUCUGUUUUGAACUGAAUAACUGCUCUUUUGAAAACAAGAAAAGCCUCAAACAGCUCAAUAUUUAAAGAGUCACAGGGGUAUUAAAAAGCUUAACAUAUAUAAAAUUCAGGAUUAUGUGUAAUGUUUUCCUAUCCUGUACUGAAUUUUAAGUACUGCAGUCAAAUUUGGGCGUGCAGGCUUCCCAGAAAUAGUUCAGCACACAAAGAUCAGAAAGCAAAAAAACCCUGCUGCUUUCUUGUUCCGAUAAAAAUCUGUGCCUGCACACAAUAUUUUUGACUGGACCUGUAUGCUUUACUCUUGUGUUUCAGCCACAGAUAUUCAGUACUUCUUGUGCUACAUUGCACACAAUAAUGAAGCAAGUGGUACGCUUGGGAUGCAAGUGUUGGAUGAAAACAUGAUUUUGAUAGUGUCCACUAUUAUCUUCUGGAGUUUGAAUAUUGCCCGUGCAGCUUGAAUCACAACAAAAGCAUUUGUUUUGAAGAUUGAAAUGUUUUAGGUUUUUUUCCCCUAAGGUGUUCUGUGUGCUGUCAGAAUUGGUGAAUAGUGGGGUAGGACAGAUAACGGUCAGCUGUGUCUUUAUUCUUUCAUAAUGUUCAAACGUGUAAAGUGGGAUGGUUCAGUUCAACAUUACUCCCACUGCAGAGGUUUAGUGGACUUGACUCUUGCAUUACAUUAGGUGUCCAAACCAGUCCUCUGAUAUCCUGCUGCAUAAUACGCAGCAAUAGCUUAAAAUGCCUUUAUUUUUCUGUUACUAAAAACAUGGCACAAAUCCACAUGUUUAAACAUAGCUGUAUAUAGUUUUAAAAACAAAUAAUAGGAUAUAAUAAAACACAUGCUAACACGCAGUGGGUGAAGAAAUGCAUUGUGACAUUUGGUUAAAGCUGCAUCCUUUUAAUAUAUGAAAACAAUAGUUUGGUUAAUGAUGUGAUGCACAAGUAAACACCCUGCGUUCAAGGGGAUAUAGCUGUGUUUUUAAUUGCUUUUAAGGGCCUGGGGUUUCAGCUAUUAUUUGGAUGUUUUAUGUUUACAGAACCUUUUAAUGUCCUGAAUUGUCAGUUCUUGGUUUAGUUUGGGGGUGGGGGGUGGGGUG